GUAACUCGCGUUCUUUGUUCUCAUUCUUCGCUCUCUCUCUCUCUCUCUCUCUCUCUCGCUCAUACCUCCGCCCCCGGCUUCCCCCCGUCCCGGCGAGAAAACCUAGAUAUCGUAGUAUACGCAAAUGAGUUCAAACGGGAGUGAUUUUUCGUAGGUAUUGAAAUGGGAAACCGUGGAGAUUUUACCGAGUUUGAAAGAUUUUGAAGCGCUCUUGCGGUUUCUCUCGCAUCUAGUGGUUUUUGAGCUGCGGGAUUUCGAGCUCUGUUCUAUCUUUUUUCAAAAGAAAGGAAGCUUUAUUUGGAGUUAAAUCUGAUGAAAUUUCUGAUCCUAAUUUCCUAUGUGCCGUCUCUUUUGAACCUUAUGAUUGAACUUUAUUGAAGGAUAGUUAUGGAUGCUGCUGAGAUUGAAGAGAAUCUAUUUGUCGCCCGCGAUGCGAAGUUGCAUGGAGGAAUGUGUAGAAUACUUUCAACAAUUGUUUGUAGAGUGCUGGAGAUCUUUCCGUUAAUUGAAGCAGCAAGACCCAGAAGCAAGUCUGGAAUACAGGCACUUUGUGCGUUGCAUGUGGCCCUUGACAGAGCUAAAGGCCUUCUGCGACAUUGCUCGGAUUGCAGCAAGUUUUACUUGGCUAUAACUGCAGAUUCCAUCCUUAUGAAGUUUGAGAAGGCAAGAUGCUCUCUUGAAGAAAGUCUUAGGCAUGUUGAAGACAUAGUCCCACAAGCUAUUGGUUUUCAGAUUAUGGAGAUUGUUCGUGAGCUGGAAGGAACUAUGUUUCUAUUGGAUCAGUCAGAGAAGCUGGCUGGUGAUGAAGUGAUUGCUUUGCUUCAGAAAGACAGACGAUUUAGUAGUAGAUUCAAUGAUAGUGAAGAACUUGAGGUCUUCCACCAAGCUGCUUCUAGGCUGGGCAUUACAUCUUCGAGAGCAGCACUCACUGAGAGAAGAGCUCUCAAGAAUCUGAUUGAAAGGGCUCGUGCAAAGGAAGACAAACGGAAGGAAUUCAUUUUAUCUUACUUAUAUCAUCUCAUGAGGAAAUACUCAAAGCUUUUCAGAUGUGAGGUUGCAGAUGAUACCGACUUUCAAGGUUCAGAUCCUUGUUCCCCUACAAUACCAGGCUUUGAAGAGGUCUCUGCCCCUGAUGGAAAUGGUGUUGCCUUUGAGAGACAGCUAUCAAAACUUCGCUUUUUUAAUUUCAAGAAAAAUGGGAUAAUAUCAGGAAAAGUGCCACUUCCUCCUGAAGAACUCAGAUGCCCUAUCUCCUUGCAACUCAUGUAUGACCCGGUCGUUAUUUCAUCAGGGCAGACCUAUGAACGUAUUUGCAUUGAGAAAUGGUUUUGUGAUGGGCAUAGUACAUGCCCCAAAACUCAGCAACAGCUCCCCCAUCUCUGUGUAACUCCAAAUUAUUGUGUUAAAGGACUCAUAGCAAGUUGGUGUGAACAAAAUGGUGUUCCUCUGCCUGAUGGUCCCCCAGAACCCCUUGAUGUCAACUAUUGGAGGCUGGCUUUCUCAGAAUGCGAGGCCAUGGAUUCCAGAUCCAUGGGGAGUAUUGACUCUUGCAAGCUUCAGGGUGUCAAGGUGGUCCCAUUGGAAUAUGGUAGUAUCACAGAGGCAUUCCAGGGGAUUGAUGCUUGUACUUUAGACAACAGUUCCUGUCAGGAUGGUGAAGUGGAUGAGCUUGAAGGAUACAAGAGUUUGCUAGCUGUGCUGCGUGAAAGCAACAGUAUGGGAAAAAAAUGCAGAGCAGUGGAGCAGAUAAGGUAUCUGCUGAAGGAUGAUGAGGAAGCAAGGAUCUUUAUGGGUGCAAAUGGUGCUGUUGAGCUACUCCUUCAGUUUUUAAAGUUGGCUGUCAAUGAUGGAGAGAAGAAGUCUCAAGAGGUUGGAGCCAUGGCUCUUUUCAACCUUGCAGUUAACAAUAACAGGAACAAGAGUAUGCUGUUAUCUGGUGGGGUGUUGCCUCUACUGGAGCAAAUGAUCUCAAAUUCAGAGACACGAGAAGCAGCCACUGCCCUCUGCCUUAAUCUUUCCUGUCUCGACGAGGCCAAGCCCUUCAUUGGCUCAAGCCAGGCAGUCCGGUUCCUGGUACAGCUCCUACAAGCUGAAGAUACUGAAAGCAGUUCCUGCAAGCAUGAUUCCCUUGACACCCUUUACAACCUCUCCUCCCACCCACCCAACAUUCCUCUCCUCCUAUCAUCUGGUAUUGUUGAUGGGCUUCACUCUCUUCUCACAGCCUGUGGGAGCCCUGAAGCGGAGAAGGCCCUUGCUGUCUUCAUAAACUUGGCAACAAGCCAAGCAGGAAAAAGAGAAAUAAUGUCGACCCCUGGCCUAAUUGGCGGGCUCGCAGCCAUCUUGGAUAUCGGUGAGCCAACAGAGCAAGAGCAUGCUGUUUCAUGCAUUCUUAUACUGUGCAAUGGUGAUGAGAGAUGUAGCCAUAUGGUGUUGCAAGAAGGGGUAAUACCAUCCUUAGUUUCCUUAUCAGUGAGUGGGACAGCAAGAGGGAAGGAGAAGGCACAGAAGCUGCUAAAGCUUUUCCGGGAGCAGCGGCAGAGAGAGCCUUCACCUGUGAGGCAGCAGCAGCUGGUGGAGCGUUCUGCUGGCAAAGGGGGGGUUAUGGAGUCGAAACCAUCGUGUAAAUCAAGAUCGAAAAGGCUUGGGCGGACCCUGAGUUCCAUAUGGAAGAACAAGGGGUUUUCAGUGUAUCAAUGUUAGUAGUGAUCAGGGGCCAUGUAAACUGUUCUUUUUUUCUCUUCAGUUUCUUCUUUCCCUUCACGUUGAGGGUAACUGGUCAUUUUCCUUUUACCCUUGAAAAACAGAUGUACAGGACUUUUCUUCUAGUAUUUUAAUAGCAAAUCCUUGUUAUUUUCCUUGUGUUAAA